AGCUGCCAUCUUGCGUCCCCGCGUGUGUGUGCCUUAUCUCAGCUGGUCUGCCCGAGACCCCCUUGAGCGCCAACCCUAGUCCCCCGCGCGGCCCCAUUUCCACUCCAACAAGAUGAAAGAAACUAUCAUGAACCAGGAGAAACUCGCCAAACUGCAGGCACAAGUGCGCAUUGGUAGGAAAGGAACUGCUCGCAGAAAGAAGGUGGUUCAUAGAACAGCCACAGCAGACGACAAAAAACUUCAGGUCUCUUUAAAGAAGUUAGGGGUAAACAAUAUCUCUGGUACUGAAGCAGUGACUAUGUUCACAAACCAAGGAACAGUGAUCCACUUUAACAACCCUAAAGUUCAGGCAUCUCUGGCAGCAAACACUUUCACCAUUACAGACCAUGCUGAGACAAAGCAGCUGACAGAAAUGCUACCCAGCAUCUUAAACCAGCUUGGCGCAGACAGUCUGACCAGUUUAAGGAGACUGGCUGAAGCUCUGCCCAAAGAAUGUGUGGAUGGAAAAGCACCACUUGCUACUGGAGAGGAUGGCGAUGAUGAAGUUCCAGAUCUUGUGGAGAAUUUUGAUGAGGCUUCCAAGAAUGAAGCAAACUGAAUUGAGUCAACUUCUGAAGAAGAUAAAUCUUGAAGAAGUUACUGGGAGCUGCUAUUUUAUAUUAUGACUGCUUUUUAAAAUUUUGUUUAUGGAUCUGAUAAAAUCUAGAUCUCUAAUAUUUUUAAGCCCAAGCCCCUGGACACUGCAGCUCUUUUCAGUUUUUGCUUAUAUACAAUUCAUUCUUUGCAGCUAAUUAAGCUGAGGAAGCCUGGGAAUAAAGUUUGAAACAAAGAUUAAUAAAGUUUUUGCUUAGUAAA